GGUAGAUCCAGAUGAUGUAGGUUGAGGCUGAAUUGAAAUAAUAUUGACAUGGAUUAGGUGAGAUCAGGCAGAGGCGAGGACUGAUAACUGAUAACUCAUAUUAUUCGAGUACAUUUCCAAUUUUUUACCUACCCGAAACAGCACGUCGACGUGCAGGUUGUAACGAUGAGUUCCUGGUUUCCAUUCGAGUAUCGCGAUGUGGAGGCAUGGCGGAAAGAUGGCUUGCCCCUCUCCACGCCCAGCAACGAGGCUGCCAAACAUUUGGAUGCAGCCAUCGCCCAAUUUGCCCUCAUGGACUCCGAUCCAGCCCAAGGGGGGUUCAUGGCCUCCAUGACUCAGGUCAACGAGGCCGAUCCCGAUUGCAAUAUGUCUAAGAUCCUCAUGCUGGAAUUGCAAGCCCAGGAACGAGGACCCAUCGUUGAUGAUACCAUGAAGAAGAAAUGCUUGGCCUUUAAAGACCAACCCAAGAAAGUCGCUUUAAGUAGCUGGGAGGAAAAACAUUUGGAGUGUGCCUUGGCUCUUUCCGAAAACGAUAUGCUAAUGGCGUGCAACAUUUGGGAGAACAUCCUAGUGGAUCAUCCCAAAGACAUGGCUAGUCUACAAAUGCUUUACUUCGGCCACUUAAAUACGGGUCGGCGACGUGGGUUGAGGGACUCUGUUUUAAGAGUGCUAGAUCAUUAUGCCCCUCAUGAUCGAUAUUACGGAAAUUUGUACGGAAAGCUUUGCUUUGGUUACGAGGAGAAUAACCAAUUUGAUUUGGGGUUCAAGGCUGGUACAAAAGCUUUGGAACACACUCCCAAAGACAUUUGGGCGGUUCACGCAAUGUCCCAUGUGUACCAUGAAACCAGUCGAUCGGAUGAUGGAGUGACAUUUCUGGAGAGGAUUGAAAAAGAUUGGGUCGACAACCCCAGUCCCAUAAAGCGACACGUGUGGUGGCACAAGAGUCUCUAUUACUUUGAUUUAGGUGACUAUGAAGAUGCCAUCUCACUCUACGAUAACACAAUAAAACCUCUAGCCUUUGAAGAGAAAAUGGCAUUCUCCUUGUCUGAUGCCGCUUCACUUCUUCUUCGUCUUCAAUCCCAGGAUGCACCUAAGGGAUUAAACUUGAAAGAACGUUGGUGUGAGCUCGGACAAGUUUACAAAGACCACUUGAGCAACUCUAUUGGAAACGUUUUCUAUGAUUUCCAUCCUCUUGUGACCUUUAUGUUUGGGGACAACCAAGAUGGCGGACUAAAACUGCAAGAACAAAUUCAGGAUCAAGCUCGAAGUGUGACCAAAAGUAAGGAUUUCAAUUGUUGCGUGGCCAAUAAAGUGGGCGUGGGUUUGGCUGAAGCGACUAUAGCUUACGCUCGUCAAGAUUACACACAAGCCGUGGAGCAUUUAAAUCCCAUUCGUUACGACGUAUUUGAAUAUCUUGGGGGAAGUCACGCCCAAAAGGACGUGAUCCAUAUCAUGUUACUGGACGCAGCCCAAAAAUCAGGCCAAGUAAACUUGGCCAAGCAACUCUUGGCGGAACGAUUGGCUUGGAAUGGAAGUUCCUUGAAGAAUGAUCAGUCCACUUUUAAUAACAGAAUGGCCUCAAAAAUGACAAUGAUGCACUGACAUUACAUUGACCGAGUUGAUUUUGUUCCCUUCACUCUUCAUUAGCUUAACAUUUGACCAAGAACAUGAGUUGCUAAACCGAAAUUUUCAGUUUAAUCGAAUGACUGAGUCAAAAGUUAUAAGCCCUCACAAAUCACUACAUAAAUCUACACAAAAUGGCAAUUGAUUGCAAGAAGAGGACUACUUCAUUGUUCUGUGUACGUAGAGUUAUUUACCAGCGCUUUUAGAGGACCAAAGUUUUAAUUCCGUUUUAUCCAAGUGAAAAUUCAAAUGCGUAAUUGUUUCUAACGACCAGGGCCGUCUCAUUUGAAGGAAAUCACAAGGCGUUUACUUGGUGCUAAAAUGAUAAUUCUCGAAUCCAGCAUCUUUUCCAUUUUCCCGUGGUUUAAGCCUUAUGCCAACCAUUCGUACAUUGAUCUGGCAGUUACUCACCACCAAUAUACAGCAACAGAUUCAAUGGUGCAAAGUUCGAUUAGUGAAAAAAAGAAACCCAUUUGCCUGGUAGACGGGGGUACACUGUAUUAUCUGCAUCAUUUGUUUGGUCGAUUCAAGUUUAAAUAAAAAUGUAAUGAGAAA